AAAGCACACAUCACACAAUGCAAGUGUAGUCUUCACUCAGUCUUCAGACGUCUCAGUGGAAACAGACUUCCCUUUAACGUUGCUGCUUCGAACUAUGACUGGAGUAUUCGACCGAAGGAUUCCGAGUAUCAAACCUGCCGACUUCCAGAACCCUUUUCAGCUUUCCACCACCAUGCAUCACCCGUCUCAGGAAUCUCCUACUCUACCCGAGUCUACGGCCACGGAUUCUGGCUACUACAGCCCUGCUGGAGCAGUGCACCAUGGCUAUUGUUCGCCUAACUCCACCUCGUAUGGGAAACCGAUCAAUGCCUAUCAGUACCAGUACCACGGCGUAAACGGAUCUGCGGGAAAUUACCCUGCAAAAACAUACCCAGACUACAGCGCAUACACAGCCUCUGCUUACCACCAAUAUGCUGGAACUUAUAGCAGAGUACAACCACAACCAUUAAGUCCGCAAGAAAAAGAGGUAGCAGAACCUGAAGUGAGGAUGGUAAACGGAAAGCCCAAGAAAAUCAGAAAGCCAAGAACAAUCUACUCCAGUUUUCAGCUCGCCGCCCUGCAGCGGAGAUUUCAGAACACACAGUACCUCGCGCUGCCGGAGAGAGCAGAGCUCGCGGCUUCGUUGGGACUCACGCAAACGCAGGUCAAAAUAUGGUUCCAGAACAAAAGGUCGAAACUGAAGAAAAUCAUGAAGAACGGCGAACUCCCACCGGAACACAGCCCGAGCUCCAGCGAUCCCAUGGCUUGCAACUCUCCUCAUUCACCCGCCGUCUGGGACACGCAGGGCCCGUCCAGGCCUCACAGCCACCAGGCACAGAACAACAACUCGGCGGCAUCCACCUUUUUGGAAAACUCCGCCUCUUGGUACUCCGCGGCUGGUGCCAUGAAUUCUCACCUCCAGGCCCCCAACUCGAUACAGCACUCUUUGGUUCUCGGAUCGGGGACGUUAUACUGAAACCCAGUUCAACAAAUAUUUCAUUGUAUGGGACUCGUGUUUAAAAGAUUCAGAGGAAUAUGCAAUGUAUUGAUGACAGUCAUAGAAGAACGUGUAUAAUGUGUAAAUGUGUGCAUGUAAUUUAUUGCAUUUUGGAAGACUAAUUAAACGUUUUAAAUGG